GGGACUCGAACCGCAUUUGACUCGAACCGCAUAUGUGGGCAUCCAGUAACGUAAUUACGUGAUCUGCUGGUCCCAUUGGCUUGCUUCUUACUUUCUCUCUGUUGAGUGCAUGUCCCCUAUAGCAAAUUUAAAAAUAAUAAAUACAAAAAAUUAAGUAAAUAAUUCUUUGGGAAUUAUGUUGCCCAUAUAUACUUGCAUCAUACUUGUGAUAUUCCUUCCAUAGCUUCCGGAGUAGAUGGGACUACAGGUGUGCAACACUAUGCCUGGCUUCUAAGGCUAAUUUUAUAUUAUGUUAAAUCACUUACUUUUGUUCUCCUGGCUUCCUGCUUGCUGUAGGGAUAAUUAUGAGGAAGUAAAACUUCUGAAGCAAGUGCACGUGCAUUCCAAAAUAAGAGCAGUUUCAUAGGAAAAGACCUGAGGCUUUAAUUAAGGGCUUAAAAUGCAAUCUUUUGUGGCCACUGAUUGCUCAGGCUUCUGCGUCACUGUGAGUGAGGAAAGGGGGGUCCAGGCUUCAGACAUGUAUAGACAAAACAGCUGGAGGUUGAGCUUAAAAUACCCCCCAAGCUUAAAAUACCUCCCAAUCGCCAAAGAAGAGGCCCAAGUCCACAAACACUGAGAUUUCAGAGCUGCCAAGGAUGAGCAGAGCAGGAGAGAAGCACCGGGCAGCCUGCAGAAUGCUGCCACCUCUGCACUUGCUGCUGCUGCUGCUGCUCUCAGGGGCCAUGGCCACCGCUGCCCUUCCUCUGGAUGGUGGCCCCACCAGCCAAGACAGCGGGCAUAUGCUGGAAGUCGCAGAAAUAAAGAAAAGCAACUUUUUGACUUUCCUUGCUUGGUGGUAUGAGUGGACCUCCCAGGCUCAUGGCAUGUCCCUCACUGGAGGGGAGCCCAGGGAAGUUUCCAAACGGCAGGAAGGCCUGUCACUGCCACAGUCCACACGCCGAGAUAAAGCACCCUGCAAGAAUUUCUUCUGGAAGACCUUCUCCUCCUGCAAAUAAAACUUCACCCAUGGUACUCAUGUAAAAAGUGUAACAAUGGACCUUAAUAAAAUGUAUUAAGCAGUGGUAAU